UCUAGAGAAUACAAAUCUCCCAUAAUGCAUAGCGCCCCCACGAUAUCAUGGAAUGGUGAUCGUCGACUGCAGAGUGCCAAAUUUUGUUUCUGCGGGGGAAGAAAGUGGAAAGGCCUUUCCUGUUUGGAUGUGGAUCGCCCCUGCCGAAAGCUUAGGGCCUUCAUUCAGAGUGGAUUUUUCCGAUUGUACCGGUAUGCCAGUCAUCAGUUGCUCUUUUAACGCCGCAGUGUUGACUACAAGCCGCUUGUUCUAAUCAGCCGUGAUCACUGUCUACUUGUGGAACCGUGAUAGUGUGAAUGGUGUGAAGACCACCCUGACCUGUGUGUUGUCGGCAGAAGUGCCACUAAGUCGCUUGCCUGAUUUGCCUGUCUCCCUCCCCUCCUUAGCUUCCUGCUGCAAUCGAGGAAGAGAGAUCACACUUCUGCUAUUGCUCCCAGUUGGCUCCAGGCUAUCAUAGAACUGCUGCAGUGGCAUUUCAUGCAUGUGCGGAAGUGCACGUGUACUGUAAACACUGGGACCCUUGUCAGCAUGGCCAAUCAUUAACCAUUGAGUUCCCCUCCGCUGGCUGGCAUUGAUGCAGUAAUGGAGGAUGCCGACACCAAGGAAAGAAGACAACGGCUUCAGCUUCAAAAGAAACAUUCACAGACAGAGGAGAUGGAACCGAUAGCUGAAGCCGUGGUAAUGACAGGUAGCCUGGCUUCUGCCAUUGGCACUGGGGCACCAGACGAAGCAGACAAGAAGUCCCCUAAGCUGCUGCCGUUGGACCUGGAGAAGGUUGGCCAGACUGUGGAGAAGGAGCCUGGCAAGAUAGAAGGGUACCUACUGAAACGUAGAAAACGUCCCAUGAAGGGAUGGCACAAGAGAUAUUUUGUGCUGGAAAAAGGCAUGCUGACAUAUGGCAAAAACUGCGGAGAGCUGAUGAAAGGCAAGAUUCAUGGUACCAUCGAUGUGUUGUCGGCUGUCAUCUCAACAGAGAAGGAAGAAGACAGCAAGGCUAGGAGAAUUGACAUCGAUACAGAAGAGUUCCUCUAUCACGUUAAGGCCACCUCCCACGAUGAGUUUUUGGCCUGGCACAACCACCUGCUCCUCCACCAAGCCUACCGUAAGCAGGUGCAGCUGGCCGAGGAGGCCCUGCUGAGCAAUGGGCCUGCCGUGGUCGGCGGGCCGCCCCACCCGGCAGCUGCUACCAGCCCCACCAGCGAGAUCACCCUUAAGGCCAUGACCCUGGAGCGCCGCCGCCUCAGUCUGCGGAAGCAGAUGUCCAAGUACCGACUGCCGGGCCCGCUGACCACACAGAGCUCAGGCAACUGGAAGAUGGAGAUCGCCGAGCUGGACAAGUGUUCAAAAGAGUUGACAGAGGCCGAGAACAGCGUUGUGACAUUGUCCAACAUCAUCCAGGAUCUGUUGAACCAGGAGCUACCAUAUCCAUACGGUCCUCAGGAGCCUGAGGUCGAUGACAUCGCCGGUCAGAAGCGAUCCAAAGGGAAACUUUCACUUCGUAAAGGAAAAACCAAGAAAUCAUCAAGCGAUCCCUCAGUGGGGGAUGUAAGGCGUUCGAGCAGCUCUUCAACGAUCAUUCCAGGCAACUCAACGGGAAAUGAUACCAUGCACUCCACCACAUCUUCCAAGCAGCUGGUGGAGGAGUCUAACCCUCGAGAUGACUUUAUGGAUAUGGCCAAUCAAGUGCAUAGAAUACUUAAAGGUGUGCUUCAUCUGCUGUCUGUCCAACACGACAGAUUGCGCUUUGUAAUCGAAUCUCAGAACAGUGUCGGAGGUGCGGCUUCCCAGUCUAGACAAAUCGCAAUACUCCAGGAAGCAUUGGCAAAGGCUCGGAGUCAGAACGAAGACAUGAGGGGGAGACUGUCUCGUAUCCAAGCAGAAUCCAACAUCCAGGACCUGUCACCGCCCAUCAAAUCAGACACUGAACUCCUGGGUGGUGGAACACUAGAGACAUUACUGACCAAGCUAAGCCGCAAUCGUAGUGUUGACUUAGAGGACGGCAUGGUCACAGCCAAGUCUUAUGGCCUGUCACCCCAGCUAUCUGAUGACCGAGAGAUGUCCCGCUCAGAGUCCUUGCUGGAGUUCUACGAUGCGUUGGAGUACCCUGCCUCCUCCACUGCUUCUUCCUCUGAGGAUGAGGAAGAGAUUGAGAGUUCAUCGCUUGCUAGUGAGGAAGAAGCAGAAAUGAGAGAAGAGGAUUUCUUAGACUUGGAGGAAGAAGACUCGGAGGGCUUAGGCAAGUCACAGACGGGACGCAGGACGCAGCUCCCAGCUCCCCAGCCUGACACCAGCGGCCUGAGCCUCUGGAAUAUCCUCAAGAAGAAUAUCGGCAAGGACCUGUCCAAGAUCUCCAUGCCGGUGGCACUGAACGAGCCCCUCAGCAUGCUGCAGGUCUUGGCAGAGGAGCUGGAGUACAGUGAGCUGCUGGACAAGGCAGCUGAGACAGACGACCCCUGCAAGAGAAUGGUCUACGUGGCAUCCUUUGCCGUCUCCAGCUACGCCUCCACGUACUUCCGUGCUGGCACCAAACCGUUCAACCCACUGCUUGGGGAGACCUACGAGUGUGUGCGGGAAGACAAGGGCUUUCGAUUUGUAGCGGAGCAGGUGUCACACCAUCCUCCCAUCUCAGCAUGUCAUUGCGAGAGUAAGAACUUCAUCUACACCCAGGAAGUCCGCAUCAAGACCAAGUUCUGGGGCAAGUCCAUGGAGAUCAUCCCAGCUGGGACCAUCAACAUCAGAAUCCCAAGAUACAAUGAUAACUACAAGUACAACAAGGUGACCAGCUGUGUGCACAAUAUACUGAGCGGUGAGCGAUGGUUAGACCACUAUGGUGAAUGCCUCAUCACAAACGGUCGCAUCAUCUGCAAGCUGACCUUCACCAAGGCAAGUUACUGGAGUAACAGGAGGCACGAAGUCCAUGGGUUGAUCACAGAUGAUGGUCAGGUGGUCCAUGAACUCUUUGGCAAGUGGAAUGAGGGCAUCUACUGUGGACGGUCGGCCUCGGCCAAAUGCAUAUGGCGUACCGGGUCUAUGCCGGAGAACCACAGCAUGUACUAUGGCUUCACACGGUUUGCUAUUGAGCUGAAUGAGUUGGAUCCAUACACAAGGCACCUACUACCAGCCACAGAUUCCAGGCUCAGGCCGGAUCAAAGGAAGCUUGAAGACGGUGAUGUCAUCAGUGCAGAGCGGGAGAAGCAGAGACUGGAGUCUUUACAGAGGGAGCGUCGGAAAUGGAGGGAGGAGCAGAACAUGGACUAUGAACCGCGGUUCUUCAGAUUCACCAAGGAAAAUGGCAAAGAAGUGUGCAUCUUCAAGAAUGAUUACUGGGACUUGAGACGGGAUCCUGGCUUCAAAAACUUGAGCACUACCGAGCUCUGGUAGCCACGGCAACUCCCAACCAUAUGGUUAUUAUGUCCGCCGCCGUGUGUGGGAUGUGUGUGCUUCAGCAAACUGCUGACUGUGACAGGGCUCUGGUGUCCCAGAUUGCAAGAACAUGACCGACGCAACGUUCUUGUAGUCCAGAUUAUCACAAAAGGCCACUACUGAUAAGUUUGUGGCCCUUGCCAUGACUCAGCCUCCCCAGAGUUGUGGAGACCCCAGAGAUAGCAGAGAGAGAGGAAAAAAAACAGUUUGGUGGUCUAAGAAACAAGAUUGAUGCUGAUCACUUUGCUUUUUUUUUCCAGCUGCAAGGAAUAAACUUACAAGAGUGUUCCCCCUUUUCCUGACUUGAAGUGAUUUUUAUACCACAUUACUCUAACUGCCUGGCUUGACAUUUUGAAAGCCCUUGCUCAUCAAAGAUAGCCACCUGUGUUCUGAUGGCAUACUUUCCCCUGCCCCCCAGGGCCUGCUCACAACAGAGUGUACAUUUGCUUGAAUUAAGGGAGGCAGGACACGUCUACCUCAGUGUGUACUUGGCCUGGGCUACCCAAACCCCCUAUUUCAAUGCUACAGACUAGAACGCCAUCACAUGCUAUGAGUAUACAUCCCUGACUGCUAUUUAUUUCCGUCUUUGUUCCUCUCACUGUGUUCAUUCUGCUGGGCCACUUUACUUGAAUUGUAGCAAGGAGGAGAAUCUGAAACCCUGUACCUUCCCACUAAUUAGAAUAUGGUCAUGUAAUGUGCUGUCUAAGUAACAAGUGUACUGCCAGAUUGUAAGACGGUUUGGUAUGGAUGAUCUAGAUAAUGCAGACAUUAGACAGUAAAAUGCUUACCAACACAUAGCAAUUUUUUUAAGUAGUUGCCGAGGACUUUUUCGAACUUUUCGAGUGCUUCUACCCCAAAGUUUAAUCGCAGAGUAUUAUGCAUCCAAAGUCCCAACUUUCUUGUCUUGUAAACUCCAUCUGCUGUGUUCCUAAUAAACGGCUCAGUAUGUGUGAGUAAAAAAUACUCAGAAAUUACUCAAAUGGAACUCUGCUUCCCACUGUUGGUGCUAUAUAUACAUUUUCUUGUUCCCGAUUUGCCACGGGAUGCCACCACCCAGUUUAUCUUUGUCUCCUGUUAGGCUUUUGAAUGUGGAUGAUGUGGUGUUACAACAAUUUUUGUUUUAUACAGAAACAUUACUUUUCAAACCAAAUAUGCGAGCCUGUCAUUAAUGUGGAAGAACUUAUAAGUCACCAGUGCCCCAGUUUGGGGGCAGCGCCAUCCAAAGCAGUCAAGUGUUUACUGUAGUCAGUUUAAUCUGCCUUCUCUCAAGAAGUAGGACCAAAUUCUCCAGUUACGGUCAAGGUGUUUAAAGUUUCAUUAAAAUGUCCCUAGCAGACUUUUGUCUUGAAUUUAACUCAAAUGUUGCUCUUUCAGUCUGUCAGCUUUACAAGUAUUGCUUAUAUUUUAGCUGAUGACAAAAGGCGUCAAUUGCUGUUACGGUUGUAUUUUCAUGUUGUGAGAAAGGUUCCAAAUCUGUGUUCAAGAAAUCUGUCAUUUUAAUCUUCACGAAAAAGGAAGAGCCAGUUUACUGUCAGUUUUUCCCGCAAAUCACCUUUUUAUUAAGUCUUCUGUCUAUCAGGAAAAAUAUAGUUUCUUUUAUUCCACAUGAGAAUGUGAAAUUACACAAUGUAUUUAGCCUAUCAUUGUAUAUGUGUUUAUAUUAACAUAGUUUGUAAAAAUCUACAAAUUUUUUAUAACUGUUGACCAGUUUAUUUACAUUGUUGUUUUUCAGUAGCUGAGGACAAAUUUAAAAUAAUCUUUACAAUGUUCAUUCCAUAUGGCUCAUUGCUGGUACUGUUCAGUGCAGCGAAUAGUUAAGGCGGCAUUGCUUGUAAGGUUUAGCAGUAAAGUUCAAAUUGAAAAAAAAAAGAUGUAACAACCUGUUCCCUGGUGUAGUAUCUACAUUGUGGAAAAAUCAACUUCUUGUAUGUUCAUUGUGGAAAACAACUUUAAAGGUUAUAAAAGCAUUUCUCGUAUUUUCCCAAAAAGUAAGACAAAUGUGUUAAAUGAAAUUAUCUGGAGUAUGCUUAUUACAGCGCCCAAUCCAAAAAUCAAAAUUGUUGACCAUGUGAAAGAAUAUGCAGUAGGUAAAUCUCGGCUCGAUAAACGUGACAGUAUUUGUAAUGUCUUCAUAGAAAGAAAAAAGCCUAAAAUGAAAGUAGUUAUAUGUUGCCUUCAGGAAUCUGCUUAUUGGCCUAAACAGAACUCGUAAUCUUCCACCAGUAGGCUUACUCCUCAUUUCGGACGGUUCCUUUGUCAGUGUGUGUGAUACACCACUGUAGAGAAACCAAUGAUGAAAUAAGUGAAGAGCAGCAUUCAGGCGUGCUUUUGACACGUGUAAUCUGUGAAGUUGGUGAGAUAUUGCGCCGUAGUGAUGAUAUAUACAUGUACUGUCUGCACUGCACAAAUGGGGGGGGGGUGUAAAACUAGGGAUAUCGAUUUUGGGUCCUAGUAUCUCUGUGUCCACAUAAUACACUCGGAGGCUUUGUUUCACACUUUCAGGUAGUUAGAUAAAGGUACACCAGUAUGGUGCUUGCGUCUCCCCUGAACUUGACGUAAUACACAUCACCAUUCAGUUUUCCGGCAUAUCAUUAAUGUUACGUUUGAACAACUCUGUAAUUCGCUUACGUGCUGACUUGGAUGCACAUGUAUAUCUGCACAUAUGUAUCUCUGUCUUAUAUGCUUUAGUGUGAUACACAUGUACAUGUAUCUAUUAGUGAUAAUUCUACAUGGUUUAAACAGUAAUUAAUCGUGCAAUUGUUUUAGAUUUUGUUCGUUGAAACUGCCAAUGGUUAGUUUAACUUUUAGAGGGACGUUGAUACUGGUUAAAGUCAUGUCUCUGAUUAUAAUAGAGGCCAUGAUGACAUACAAUGGUAUGCCUACUUACAAGUAUUUUUGGACAAUGGCGAUAGCAUCAAAGAAUGUUCAGACACAGUGUUGUAUUAUAGGAGUAAUUAUCACUUUUAAUGUUGAGGGUUAUUCGGGGGAAAUUCCUUUUUAUUGUCAAGGCAAAACUUGGGAUCUUAGAGUGGACAAAGAAAGCGGCCGUCUUAAACCAUGUAAACUGGUCAUUUGUGGCAGUGUGGAUAUAUACUCGCCCGUACAUUCAUAUACCCUGUUUCCGCAUAAUGCAAAGUCGUUCUGGUUACAGGUCUCUUGAAACCAGACUGUUGUGCUGUAGACAACACCCAGAGGUGCUCGCAGACCAUGAAAUGUCAACUGGACAGUUUGUGUCGCUUGAUCGAUCUUGAUCGCAAGGUGACAGUGAUACCGGCCCUGUUAUCUCCUGUCGGUAGGGAGAUAUACCACGGAUGCUGGGGUUCUGUGGUAUUUCUAAGUGGCUACCUGAUGUAUUCUGUGCUCGCAAUUUAAAGUACUUACCUCAGGUGAAGGCUGUUCAAUUUUACGGCAUGUCACCGCAACUGUAUAGCAUCCGUGUAUUUCGUGGAAUGUUAAGACAACUAUAAAGAAAUGAUUGCGCGUGGUGCUAUGGGCCCUUCUUGUAUUUUUAAGCACCAAUGUUGAUGUUUCAUUAGAAUUUUGUUGCAUAAUACUGUUCUUUUGGACAAAGAAAAGGCUGCAAGUGGCCUAUUUAGUAUUCCCUGUGUUUUGUUGAAUUGAUCAUGUCAACUGCCGAUUACAUUUGUAGGAAGCCUAAAUCUACAGAGCUCAUCUAUAUUUUGGUUCUGUUGGAAUCAAUUCUGUAUUUGCUAACCAUUUAAAACUUGGAACUAGCAAACAAUUCCUCUCGAUUUUUUUCACCACUUAUUGAUAUUUUAUGUGUUAUAACUUUGUGAAUAGAUUGAACUGGGAUUAAACAUUCACAGUUGCCAUAGCUUCGGUUUGACUUUUUUCGUGUUCUACAGAGCAACAAAGUUACCGCAACACAGGAAGCUGUAUUAAAAUGAGCCGCAGAAAUAGAUUUUA